CGUUGGGGCCGAAGCGGCUAGGCAAGAGCGCGGAGGGAGGGAGGCGCCGAAGGCGGAGGCCUUCUAAAUUCCUGUCAGGAACAUCUCUCUCAAGAUGGAGGCCGCCGGAGGCCUUCCUUGAGAGGAGAGCGCGAUAGAGAGAGACACAGAGAGGCCUUCCUUCCUUCUCGUUUCGCCCAUGGAGGACCCUCUGCUGUCGGCGGUGGCUGCCGUGGCGGCGGCGGCAGCGGCGGCGGCCCCGAUCAACCCCAACAACUUCCCGGCCAAAUUGUGGCGCCUGGUGAACAGCCCCCGGUUCCGCUCCAUCCGCUGGGACGCCCGGGGAGAAGGCCUCCUCAUCGACCAGCCCUUGUUCGAGGCCGAGCUCCUCGGGGCCGGAGCAGGAGGAGGAGGCGGGAGUAGCAACGGAGGAGGAACCUCCAACAACAACGGAGGAGGAGGAGGAGAUGGCGUGGCCUCCAUGGCUGCUGCUCCUCCUGCUCCUGCUCCUCCUGCGUCGGCCAUCUCCUCCUCCUCGCCUCCUCCUCCGCCUCCUCCUCCUUCUCAGGCCUCGCCAGAGUUGUUCAAAACCACCAACUUCACUAGUUUCAUCCGUCAGCUCAAUCUCUACGGCUUCAGGAAAGUGGUUUUAGGCCCUCCAGGUGGAGGAGGAGGAGGAGGAGGAGGAGGUACUCCUGGGAGUAGCACUGGCAGCCAUGUUUGUGGUGCUUCCUCAUCUUCCUCCUCCAACUCUGGUCCUGGUUCUGGUUCUGGCCCUUCCUCCCCAGGAGGACCCCUGCACCACUUCCACAGCCCCCACUUCCGCCGGGACCGGCCGGACCUCCUGGUCCACCUCAAGCGCCUGACCAGCGCCAACAAGGCCAAGCUGGCCGCCGGUUUGGAGGUCACCAGCCGGCCCCCCAACCGCUUCCAGCGCCUCCUCAGCACCUCACUACACCAUCAGCAACAACCCACAACGCCGAUGCAGCAACAACAUCAGCAGCAUCCCUCCUCUUCGCCGCAGUCGCCGCAAGCGCAGCCGCAACAACAACACCCCGGCGGGGAAGGCCUCUUGGUUCACCACCACCAGCACCACAACAACAGCCCUGUGGGGCAGGCCAAGGGCCACAAUGGCACCAAGCCUGCGCCACUGACUCUGGGACAGUUCCACCGGUCUUUCCGUCGAGACAGCCUCUCUCCGUAUUCCUACCUGUCGCCGUCGUCGCACAACCCAAACAGCUUCUCCCUGAAAGGCUCCGAUCGGACUCCUCUUCCUCCCAGAACGUGGCAGAACUCCCUUGGGAUGCUCCCCGGCCAAGUGGAGACCUCGGCUUUCUCCGACAAGGGGGUCCCGUUCUCGGUCCUCCAGAGGUUCCCCACCGAGGUGACCUACACCCUGCAGCCCAGCACCACAUCUGUGCACAUCCAGCAAGGGCCCCAGGCCAUGGCCACCUCCUCCCAGAAGUACACCAGCUACGCCGCUUCGGUGCCGUACUCCCAAGCUUACUACCCGACAGCCGUAUUGCAGUGUUGCUCUCCACCGGCCCACAUGGAUCCCCUGAGCGGCUGUGGGAGCCCUACACCUUCAACCUACACACACUGCAGUUAUUUCCAGACUCCACCAUUGCAGUCUACAUAUCCAGUUGAAUUUCUGUCUUCUAACUGGUCCUGCAACGCUUCCGAUGAGAACAAGAAGACGGAAGUCAACCUGGAGGCUGUCUUCCAGAUUGUCGAUGAGAUGCAUUCCUCCCCCAAGCUGGAAAUGGUCAAAGUGGAACCGGUGGAGAGCCAGGGUCCCACCUCGCAGCCAAACCGAGGGCAGCAGUUGCUGGUGAGCCCUGGGAGCAACAGCGAUGCGUCUUCUUCCACCCAAGCCAGCCACCUCGAGCCUCUGACCCCCGUGGGCUCCGACAUCACGUCCUUCGUGGUGGAAACGGAUCGUGCGAUCGCCUGCUCUCUGCCCCAGUCCCCAGAGUUUAUCUACACCAUCCACGCCGCUGAGCCUGUGGAGAAUUCGACCGCGCAAAUAGUGCAGCAGCCUGUGGCCACGGCACCACAGACGCAAGCAAAGCUGAAAGAACAGUUGAGCCACUCUUCCGCCCCAGCGGCCGUGGUGUUUGUCCAGGAGGAGCUUCCGUUCAGCCAGGUGCAGCAGGCUGAUCCCAAUAGCAAGUGCCAGACCGAUCCGUCGGAGACGGUUGUAACCUCCGAGCAAAUCGGAUUCCUCAUUUCGGAGGUGGCUCCUCUCGGCAAGUGCGCUAAAGACUCCGUUUCGUCCAUCCAAGCCAAAGCCAGAGAAAGACGGAGCAGCUCGCAGAAGGGCAAAUCCCCUGAUCUCCAUCUGCUAGUGGAUGUGGCUUGCAAGCAAGAGCAUUUUCCAAAGGAAGAAGAACUGAGGGAGUGAGGAGAGUUGGUGGAAAGCUGUGUGCAAACGCUGAGCCGCCUCCAGCUGGGCCAGAGCUGGGCACGUCUUGGGGGACGUUUCUCUUGUUAUUAGCAACACUUUCUCCUUCUCUUCUUAGUUUGGUUUUUGCAUGUAAAUAGGCCCGACUUGGUUUUUCCCUCUUUUCUUUCAGUAGUUUUAAAUUCUUUUAGAGACCAGUUUUGCCUUAUGUUACCAUUUAGUUGCCCAAAGUUUUUUAACAUGGGACCGCCUGGUCCCUUGAGACAAAGGAGAUUUUCACCACCUUGGGGAGAGGUCCCAAAUUCAGGAUGCUUCUUAGUUUGCAGAGACAUGUCCACACUUUGCCUGCAAUGACCCCAAACCAUUUCACAGGGGGGCUAUUUAAAGAAAGAAAGAUGAGUUUUAACAGCCACAAAACCAAUUGCCAUCCCAAGAUCUCACAAAUGGACCAUUUGUGGCUUUUCGGUGGCAGAUAUCGUCCCACCUUUGAGAGCUGCUGCUGGGUCCUUUAAAUGAAUGGUGUCUUCUCAUAUUUUAAUGCUUUCCUCCUUCUAGAGGCACUUUAAAGUUAAGGCAUCUGUUGUUUUAUUUAAGCUGAAACGUGACUUUGAAAGCUCUUUUUAACUCGUUCAACGUAAAUAUAUUUAUUGACGAUAGAUUUUUAAAAGGCAUGUCUUCCUGCUAAUAUAUUUAUAAGUAUAGAUAUAUAUAUAUAUAUUUAAAUUGCACUAGAAUACAUGCGGAUGGACGAUGAAGCAUGGUGCCAACGUGCUUCAGGCUCAUCCGCUCAUCUUUUUAGAGUCAGAUUAUUUAUUACCUGUGUGAAAAAUAUGUAAAGGAGAUGCUUGGGAAAAAAGAAACCCAGUGAGAAGAGUAGUAGCUUAUCUCCAGAUAACACCUCGGUGACAUCCCUUGUCUCCCAGUCGACCUAUGAAUGGUAGGAUGAGACCAAAGUCCCAAAGGCAAGCUCUAUCAAAGCCUUGUAGCCAAAGGAGAUUUCAGGACGCUCCUGUGCCUGACUCAGAACAGGUUAGUGGAACGUUUUUGACCCCAGACUAAUGCUGAUACCAAUGUUGUGGGUAGAGUUUCUUCUUUGCUCCACCUGCUCAGGACUACAGGGAGAUAUAUGUACCAGUCCUUUCUGGAAGAUCGACAGCAUAAAAGCUUCCUUGCUAAGGCUCAGUUAAACUGGGAAAUGGUAGCUUUUACAGCCUUUCCGCCUGUCUUUCCACUAACCGAACAAGAGGCCUGGAGCUGGAUCUCCUGCCAUAUUCCUAGGCUUGGUUAUCUUACUCUUGAGCAUCUGUAAGAGAAAGGAUGUCCACACUGUCUAAAGAAAUCUGUACAGUCUUGUGUGAAGCUAAUAAAACUCUCAGGUCUCUCUCUCUCUCCAAAACAGCCUUAUUGAUAUGUAGUUUCGGCCCAAAUGUGUUUGGUCAGUAAACAAUAAAUGGACUAGUCCAAAUAAGCUUACUCUUUUGGCUAGUUUGUUGGGAGAAGCGAUCAAAUAAAUGGGUUUG